CUCAUAAUUCACCUAAAAAGUGUUAUUUUUUUGCAUUGUUUUGCUUACCCGUUACAAAGGUAGUAUAAAUAGAUUUAUUACGUUCGACAAUUGAGAAACAGCAAACACUUGUGGUACCAUCGUGCAGAGAUAAUCAAGAACCAGGAUGCACUCUCAACUUUUAGUCCUGAGUGGACUCCUCUUUGGAUUGGUCUUGAUUCAUCUGGCACAUGGUGUCGACAUUCUCGUUGAAGAAUGCAGUUCCGUUAAUGGUCUGAAUGAUUUGGGACCCGGUGAUCGCUUUGUCAUUCGAAGCCACAACUUCUCCCAACCCGGUGGCUAUGAUGGUCCACAACGUUGCACCCACAUUUUUCGAAAACAAAGAAAAUGUCCAGCCAUAACCAUUGGUUGCGACCGUUUUGAAUUGGAACCAGCAAAUUCAAAUGGUGAAUGCAAAAGGGACUUUCUCAACUUUAAGGGAACUGGUUUGUCCAGCUUUGUAAACAAUGAGAGGCAUUGCGGCGCAAUCGGCUUCCUAGGUCUGACAACGCCAAGCAAGAGGCUUCGUGUUUUGUUCAAAACCAAUCGCAAAAACAACGAUUUCGAUGGCUUUCAAUGCUUUGUGUCUUGUGCGGACAAUGAACCUUCCACAACCGAGGCGCCCUUGACCACAACCUCCACCCCUGUGUCAUGUCAAUGUGGAGUGCCCAAUAGACAGAAUAGGAUUGUCGGUGGCCAAGACACAGAAGUCAAUGAGUAUCCUUGGCAAGUAUAUGUAGCUACAACGAACCCCUCCAAUCCAGAACAGGCAGCCACUUGCGGGGGUACCUUGAUUUCGGACCGAUUUGUCCUCUCUGCUGCCCAUUGCUUUCCAUCUUCCUUUAUCGAUUUCGGGAAUGUCUCAAAUGUUUUUGCCGUUUUGGGUUUGCACGACCUAGGCAAUCAGGCUUCUGUGUCACCUUUAGCAUUUAGGACAGCGAAAAGCCUUGCAAUCCAUCCCAGAUAUAAUACAUUAACAUUGGACAACGAUUUUGCUGUUAUAGAAUUAGAUCGCCCAAUUCUAUUCGACACAGUUUCGAACAUUAGGCCAGUCUGUUUGCCGACCCUGGGCUCUGAACUGCCAACCGGAACUGACGUCACAGCAACAGGUUGGGGUGCAACCUCAUUCCAAGGACAAGGUGCCGAUGUCCUCCAAGAGGUCACCAUACCAACUGUGGACUCCGCUUCUUGCCAACAAAGUCUGAGUACCGACAUUCCGGGACUUGUCAUUACGAAUAACAUGCUGUGUGCAGGGUUGGCUGCCGGGGGCAAAGACUCGUGUCAAGGUGACAGCGGUGGACCUCUGGUGUCCAACCACUUCACGGGAAGCUACUAUGAAGUUCAUGGAGUCACCUCAUUUGGAGUUGGUUGCGCUAAUGCCAACAGACCCGGCGUGUACGCCAAAGUGUCAGCUGCCCUGAACUGGAUUUUGGGCCUGACGGGUACACCAACUUGUGAACGUCCUUCCAACUGAAAUGUGUUAUCACUUAUCACCAAGACCUUCCCGUUCUGAGGCGUUUGAAUUGCAAGUGAAAAUAUCUAAUACUUUACGCUUAAUGUAUGAAUAAAAUAAUUCAGAAUCAA